CCCGCUCGCUCAAAGCGAAACAAAACAAGCUCCCGCCCUCACUCCGCCAGUCCGUGGGGAGGGAGAGAUGCCGAUCGAGAUGCCCCGGGGGCUGCCGUUCGCGGUGGACUCCUGGACCCCGGCGUCCGCGCUGAAGCGCCACAGCUUCCUCACCCACGCCCACCGCGACCACCUCGCCGGCAUCGCCGCCACCUCCGCCGUCUCCGCCUCCUCCCCCGUCUACGCCUCCCGCCUCACCGUCCUCAUCGCCAUCCGCAUCUUCCCCCACCUCGACCGCGCCGCGUUCGUCGAGCUGGAGGCGGGCGCGCCGCCGCUGCGCGUCCCCGACCCUGACGGCGACUUCACCGUCACCGCCUUCGACGCCAACCACUGCCCAGGCGCCGUGAUGUUCCUGUUCGAAGGCCCCUUCGGCGCCGUCCUGCACACCGGCGACUGCCGCCUCACGGCCGACUGCCUCAGCGCCCUGAUGCCCUUCCUCGCCCGCCGCGUCGACUACCUCUUCCUCGACUGCACCUUCGCGCGGUGCCCCCUGCAGUUCCCCACCAAGGAGGACUCCAUCCGCCAGGUGAUCAAUUGCAUCUGGAAGCACCCGAACGCGCCGGUGGUUUACCUCGUGUGCGACAUGCUGGGCCAGGAGGACGUCCUCAUCGAGGUUUCCAAGGCGUUCGGAUCCAGGAUAUACGUCGACAGAGACAAGAAUUCAGAUUGUCACCAGAGGCUCACGCACGUGGCGCCGGAGAUCCUCGCCGCCGACGACGCCGCGUCCUCCACGCGCUUCCACGUGAUCCCGUUCCCGCGGCUGUCGGAGCGGGCCACGGAGAUCCUCGCGCUGGCGCGCACCAGGCAGCAGCCGAAGCCCCUGAUCAUCAGGCCGUCCUCGCAGUGGUACGCGUACUACGGGCCACCGGAUGGGUCGACGGAGCGGAAGCCGGUGCUGACGGAGCCGAUGCGGGAUGAGUUUGGGGUCUGGCAUGUCUGCCUGUCGAUGCACUCGUCCAGGGAAGAGCUGGAGCAGGCGCUGGGGAUCCUCAAGCCCAAAUGGGUUAUCUCGACGACGCCCCCGUGCAUGGCAAUGGAUCUGAGCUAUGUCAAGAAGAACUGCUCCCUGUCCCGGUUUGGUCCUGAUGAUCCCAUCUGGAAGUUGCUCGGGAUACCUGAUGGGAUGGCUACUGGUACCAGCAAACAGCAGGCAGCGUUGACGGUAGAAGCUGUCGGGAAGAGCGAGGAAGAGUUCAGUUCUUGUACUGAUGAGCGUGGCUCUGAUGAUGACAAUCAGGUUGAGGCUGCAGAACCAACGCUGCUUGAUUUUGAGAUCAGAGUUGAGCCGCCAGUGAUGCUGUUCGGAAGGGCAAUGUUUGGAUUAGUGCUGCACGAGUCUGAAAUGUGGGAACAUGAGUAUCAGAGUGUUGAGAUGAUUGAUAAUGUUGAACUUGAAGCCAAGGACCCUGUUACUGAAAUUGGGCUGUGUAACAAUAGCAAGCCUGAUGACAGUGUUGACGUAAUUGAUUUAACUGAAGUUUCAACAAAGAAGCAGAAUUCAGUCUCUGAAUCUGAGCUGUUGAAGGACAGGAAGCCUGAUGAUGGAGUUGAAGUAGUUGAUCUGACUGAAAAUGGAAGGAAAGAUCUGAGUUUGCGUGCAGAGCCUGAACAGUGUACGAAUGACAAAGGGAAAGGGGAAGCUGAAUUGGUGGAAGCCCAAGAACAGAAUCUGACUGUUCAUGCUGAUUUGUGGGAAGUUUGCCAACAUAAGGUAACCGAUGGAAGUAAAAACAGAAUCCAAAUGACUAAAGAGAUCUCAGCCGUGCAUGUCACAGUUUCGGCUACAAUCAACAAGGAGGCAACAGAGAAUGGCACAACUGCAUCAGAAACUGGGAAGAACUCUGAUCAAGACUCUGAAAGACCAAGUGAUUCUUCAACCACUGUUGGAUCAUCAAAGAGUCUUAAUGCGAGCCUGAGGCGGCUGUACAGGUCGAUGAAUGUGUCAGUUCCGCGGCCCCUGCCGUCACUGGUUGAGCUCAUGGGGGCCUCCAAGCGACCCAGAGUUUCCCAAACUGUGCAGCUAUAAGCUCGUAGCACAUUAAUUAUAUAUUGCUAUCAAAUUCAGAUAUCUGUUGACCCUGUAUUGUUAGCUACUUGAAUUGUGGCUCAACAACUAGUUUAGAUCGAUUUGGUUCCACAAAGAGGCAAAUUUUGCCAUUUUCCAAAACAAAGAGGGGGGAAAACCUUUACAUCGACAUGUAUAAGCUUGCAGAAGAGUAGGCAGCAAUGAUGUAGUUCACUGAAGAAACUCUUGUUCUGAAUCCACAUUUCCAGCAUUUUCCUACACCCAUGCUAUUCAUUGUGGUUUGUGGAAAACUGCAUGUCUGCAACAGAUUUGAUAUUACAGAAACUUCCAUCCACUCAAAGAGUCCAAAUGUGAAAAUGGUGUUUAUGAGAUUGGCAGAAGUUGAUUGAUGCUACGUUAAUUGUGUGUCAGAAGCAGAUUGCACUCCUGCACGGAGAGGAAAUGCUCUUUCCUGAAACCUGCAGAAAAAAAUGUGGAAGCCUCAAUGCCAACGAUGGCACCAGCAAAAGGAACAACCGAGUCUUUUUUUGGUAUUGGGGAUCUGAAGUGUUUUGUGUUUUCUCUCAUCAACCUCCACUUCAAGAUCAAACCAAUUCAAUCCUGAGCUCCAUUCCAUGCUGUUUCUUAACUGUGUUAUGAAACUGCAAGUGUUUAAGAGAGAACCCUGUACCAUGUAAGAUCCUAUUUAGUUUGUGAUGAUGCGCUCGGGUUGUGUGGAGCACUGGAUGGAAGUGGAACUUUGAGUUUGCCUGGGAUUGCUAUUUGGGUUGUGCAAACUGCAAGUAAUGAUAUUUAUGUUUCUUUUCCAGUUU